GAAUUAUACAAACACCUUGAAAACUCAACAUACAGUGAUAUCAUUUCAAAAAUUUUUGAAUUGUUUGGAACUCUGGCUUACAACUUAGGACUAAAUACUGUUCAUCUCACUCGAGCUAUAACCUCUGGAAAUGAAUGUCAAAAGAAUACCUUUAUUAUGUUGGGAAUGAUUCGAUGCAAUCAUAUGAAAAAUACUUCAAGUCUCUCCAAUGAUGCAAUUGCAUUUGGAUUUUUUGAAAAAUGUGAACAAUUGAAUGUAAAACAAAUCAAAUCAAAGUUUUUAUCUUUGCCCGAAAAUUGUAAAAAUAUUUAAGGAACUUCUUGGUGACAAACGUUUUUCAAAAUUGCCUUCAGAAAAUUUUCUUCAAAUUUUGCAGUUGCCUGCUUUCAGAAUACAUGAAUAUGCAAAGUUAUUAAAUAAAGUGUCUAUAGCUUCAGAUGAGGAUCAUGAUCUUUCAUCAUUUCUUCAAAGUCUUUCCAACAGAUGGGAAGAAUUAUGGACAAAAAUUAAUAAUCAACUGCAAUCUGCUAAUAAUACAAGAGGAUUUUGGAAAAACGAUUUCAAAUUUGGUGCUGGUGGAAAGUUAGCAGAAUCUUUGAAGAAAGUUGGUCGAUAUUUGGUUAUUCACAGUAAGAAGAUACCUCUCGAUAUAGCUCAUACUGGUAGAUUCAGUAUGAAUUGGUUCAUAUUAUUCAACGAUUGUUUGGUACUUGUGCAUUAUGGUACACAUUUUAUACAUCCAUUAAAUCUCUUAUGGUGUUCAUCGAUUACAGACCCAAAGCAAAAAAGUCAUUUAAUCAAAAUUGUCACUCCUGAAGAAGAAAUUAUAGCCAUUGCUGGAAACGAAGAAGCCAAAUCGACUUGGGUGAAUUCGUUCAAUCGCACAAUAAAUCAUGCAAUUUCAAGAAAUGAUGAUGAUAGAGACGCUUCUCAACAUUAUUUGGCACCAUCAUCUGCAAGGCAUGCCUCCCAUACUUUCACUAAAAACAAUGAAUUAAAAGGUGUAACAUUCACUGGUGCUUGGUAUAAUGGAAAACCUCAUGGUAGAGGGGAGAUGUGUUGGCCAGAUGGUAGAACUUACAAAGGACAAUAUAAAAAUGGCAAAGAAAAUGGAUUUGGUGAAUGGAGGAACGCUCCUGGUGCUACAUCAAAAUUAAAAUAUCAAGGUUAUUGGAAGGAAGGGAAGAUGGAAGGAUAUGGAAAAUUAUGGUAUAAUAAAUACCAGACUUACGAAGGCUCAUUUAUUGCUGGUAUGAGAGAUGGGCACGGUGUGUUGCGUACUGGGUCUGUGACUGAAGGUUCUGUCUAUGUUGGUGCUUGGAAGAAAGAUCAUCGUUGUGGAUUUGGCGUUGAGGACAAUAUCACAAAAGGUGAAAAAUAUCUUGGUAUGUGGAUGAAUGAUGAAAGACAUGGAAUUGGUAUUCUGGUAACACUGGACGGACUUUACGGUCAAAGUCGUUUUUCGCAUGGUGUUAUGGCUGGAGAUACUCUACUGAUUGAAGGUCGUUAUACAUUCGAAGGUCAUCUUACUGCAGGACUAAUUUUGAAUGGAAAAGGUCGCCUCACUCUUCCUACUGGAGACAAGUUAGAAGGAUCAUUUUCUGGUCCAUGGGGUGAUAAUAUCAGAGUUUCAGGCAAUUUGAUUCGUCUUGAUUUAUCACAUAGCAAUUCAACCAGGCCAACUAGUCCAGGAACGCCGAUUGACAUCACGCCAAGUUUUAAUAAUUUUGCCCAUAAAGAUCAUACGAAGAGUAUACUAAGGCGAUACAAUCGUCAUAUCAUGAGAAAGCAUGUGGAAAACAAACAUAUCAGAUCGUUUCCUCUUUCACUCCAUCCUGACCUCAAGUGGACAGAGAUAUUUUCUCAGUGCCGAACUGUCCUCGGUUGUCCAAUAAAGGAUGACGAAAAAGUGCCAGAAACAAGAAAAGUAUGGGAUUCAGUUUCAAUAGCUAUGGCUAAUUCUAAAAGAAAACGAAAGGAAUUUAAUCAACCACGUCUGUCACCACAAAAAAAAGCAGACGAGACAAAAUUACAUUGGUUGGAAAAGGUUCCUUCUGUCGUCACUGAAGGAAACUCCAAUUUGACCAAAGAUGAUGUAAAUUGUAUUCGAGAAUACCUAGCACAGGCAUUUAGUACCACAUUACAUCCAUUGGGAGAGUUGGUUGAAUCAUUGGGGAACGUCUUUCGUGAUUCGUACUCUGGCACCGGUGCCCACAAAUGGUUGCUCACUCAAGCAGUAGCAGAUGUGCGAUCAUUUGUACGAAGAUCAUAUGAUAUUCUACAAUACAUGUUCCCAAUGCUUGACAAAGAUCAUGGAAUAUCACACAUGAAAAUUGUUGACAUUCACGAUGGAGAAAAUAAUUCCGACGACUUGACAAAUAAUAUUGAUUAUGUAACUGCCGGCGAUUUACUAUUGCCUGUACUUCUACCCAGAGUAUAUCCAACUUUAUUCACUUUGUACGCACUUAAAAAUGAAAACGAGGAUAAAUCAUACUGGGAACGAGUUACUAGAUUGAACAGACAUCCCGAUGUCGCAUUAUUAUCAUUUCUUGGAGUUAAACCGAAAUUUUGGCUUCUCGAUGAGAAGGAAAUUCCUCCUCUGGAAUUGUCCCCCGAAGAUGGUCAGCUAUAUGAUACAGUUGAGCAGGCAGAAUCAAGUAAAUGGAGGCAUUUGUUAGUUGCACAAGCGCAAGAUUGUAGUUUUUUGAGUGCAGUUGAAACAUUACAACUUAUCAGUACGACUUUUAUACCUGCUGAAAAAUUGAAUGUCAUUUACAGCACUUUCAAGGCAAUCAACGCGACCGUGCUCACUCAUCACAAGCAAACCCAUACUUGGUCAAUGGAUGAUUUGUUUCCAGUGUUUCAAUACGUCGUUAUUCGUUCGAGAAUAAGCCACCUGGGUUGUGAAAUUCAGCUGAUUGAAGAUUUCUUAGAGCCUGAUAUGUGCAAAGGAGAGAAAGGAAUAAUGUUUACGACUUUAAAAGCUUGCUACUUUCAAAUCCGAGUCGAAAAAGAUUUGUAACAGUAAUAUUAUGUUCUCUGUAUCACUUUAUUUCUUUAGAAUUCAUUUUUUCGUAGCACUUAUAAAGUUAACCUUAGAAAGUUUAAAUAGAAACCAUACUUUGUAGGAUAAAUCUUUGUAAUUGCGAAACAUUAAAUUCUUUGUGAUCCGUUGGAUAAGUGAUGGAUGAUAGGUGUAUCCGAAUACACUCUGAAUUCGCUAUAUUUGAUCCAGUUAAUUUUUGAUUUUGAGAAUAAUUUAGAAUGUUUUCAUUUUGAAAUUUGUCAUUUUGAGACUUUGGUAUAGGAUCGUCAGAUAAAAAAGAAACUUAGUUUCACUUCUAGCUCUUAAAAAAGUAUAAAAUCAAUCAAAACAAUCUUUAUCUAACGAGCCAUUGUGCAUUACCGUAUUUCAUUACUUUGAAUCAACAAGGUUUUCGUAAAUUUAUUCGCUGAACAUUACUUAUUAUUUUAGAAUAGAUAUUUCAAAUUCAGUUACUUCCCAGUCGCUCUACAUGCAUUGGCGAUUACUGUAGUGGUUAACAAAUAAGGCUAUAGAUUGGUAAUUGUACAAUAGGCUUUAACCUCUUUGGUUCUAUCCCCUUAAAACUUAGAAAUAUCAAUUCAGAUCAGUUAUCUGGAAUUCCCAUUUCUUUUAAACUAGUUUUCUUACACUGUAGUACUAUCUUGGGUUACUGAGAAAUUCAUUUUGUUUCAUAAAUUGGUUCUCACUGCUUAUUUCUAUGUAUUUGUACAGAAAUAAUUAUUUUCCAGUACAGAACUAUGCAAUCGUGCCAUGUUUUUAUAAUAAGUUGUGUAUGGCUGCAUCUUGGAAAAGUUUUUUUUAUCUUGGGAAUUGGUAGAAAACAUAUUACCCAAUAAAGUUUGUUCCAAUUUUCA